CGCAGAAACCCGGAAGCUGGGCACAUUGUCCAGGAUGUCAUACGAAGUUUUAAUCAACAGUGUGUGUCUUUAACUUCUUGUUGGUCAAGAUUUUAUUUCCGGACUGUGGCUUUAACAACAGUGUACAGUAUGAGAGCGCUGCAGUGAAGCCAUAUGCUGUGGACUCUCGUGAAGUCAUGAUGUCAUGUGACUAAAGCAAGAACCAUGACGGACAAGUCAAAGCACCCUGGUGGUGGUGCAAGUGGGGGUGCUCAUGGUGGGCCACCAGCAUUGCCGCCCAAACUCAGCAGUGGGUCUUUCCGACAGUCGGAAGAGUUACUUGGAGGCCCAUCUACCAACAGCAGACCUGUACCCAAACCUCGUAGAAAUGUCUCGAAGACGGCACUGUCACCAACCACCUCUGACCCAACUGCAAGACCAAUUCCCAAACCGAGGCCUAGGACAAUGUCAAAGGAGAAAAUUCUCUCGGAUCUUCCUGACCACCCCAAAGGCCGAACGGGCAGUUUGGAUGAGUCUCUGCUGCCCCCAGAUGCAGAGGAGGCAGCCAGAAUGGUGGAAGACAUGGUACAGGCUGAGAUGGAUGCCCUGAAGCCAAUUGACAAGAACCCAAUCUAUGACUUUGAGGAGUUUGUGGGCAACAGACCUGAAAAGCAGGUUCUUGGACAGAGUGUUCUCAAACCUGAAGUUGUCAGUAAUGCUGAUACAACAGCUGCAUCACAUGGUGGUCCGGCACCCCAACCUUGUCCUGCAGCUGUAACCGAAGACCUUUACUAUAAUGUUGGCUCUGAUAUGUUUGGGCUGCGACGAUCUGACCCUGAUGGAGCUACAGAACCUACCAACAUCUCUGAUGGACAACAUCAGAAGGUUCAACCUGAAGCUGCUGUACUGAACAAAUAUGGAACUGUAAAUGAUGAUCAGUUGUUUGGAUGGCAACAUCAUGCAAUGCAAGGUCCCUCUAAAGAAGUUGAUACAUUUAGUGCUAUGAGGGGUGCAGCCAAGAUGCCAGAGGCUGUGGGUGGUGAUUUGUAUACCAAUUUUGACAGUUCCCAGACAGGUGACUUGAUGGCCAAUGCAGAUGGGGAGGAGGAUGAGUCUGUUUAUGAACCCGUGUGGAUGGGAAGCGCCAAAUCAAAACCUCCCCUUCCACCUCCAGCCCUUCCAGCAGAGAAGCGACCUUUGGACAACCCAAAAGACACGUUUCUCUUGAAAUUUAUUCCAGGAAAGACUACUGAUGUUUCUGCAACUAGUGAGUCCAGUACUGAUGAUCUAAUGGCCAAGCUGAACAUUAAGGAUCGGUGGGGGGAAUAUGCAUCCCUUGACCCUCGGGCCUCAAUUGUAUACGAGCAGCCCCCGCCUCAACACCCCCCUCCGCCGCUUCCAGCCGACACACACAUCAUCUCCAGUGCUCCACCCGUUCCUCCCAGACCAAGCGAAAGGUCGUCUGACGACAAGGCAAAUGCCCCACCCACACCAUCAGCACUUUUUGCCAAUCUGGAGACACCGAAAACUGUGCCUCUUGAAGAUGACCCUUUCAAGUACUCCGACUUUGCCAAUGAGUGUUAUGAGUUUAACAAAGUUGGGACUAAAACUGAAGGUGGCUGGCCAUCUGCAUCAGCUCAGCCGGUUCAGUCGGAGGAUGUGUAUGAACCAUUUCCUGAAAGUCAGCAGGACAGCUUUGACCCAUUUGGCCUUGGUCUCCAAAGUAACCAGCCACUUAGUUCUAGUCAGUGGGCAGCUGCAGCGACAGCACCAGCUGCAGCAGCAGCAGUGAGAAGCGAGUCUCCAAGCAGGCUCUCCCUGUCACAAGUACCACCACCACCUUUCAAGGAUGACAUGUACACCAAAGUGAACAAGCGAGCUGUACCUCCGGAAAACCUCUACGCAGUGGCGCAAGACAUGGAGCAAAGCUUGGACAGCAGUGACAGUUCCGAUGAACCGUUCAGUACAGACACGCUCGGUCGAACCCGGACAUCCGACAGUUCCGGAUUGUCCAUGCAGUCAGGAACUUCUAGCAUGGCAUCAGUACCUAUCAUCUCUGGACAGUCAUCACAAAGAAAGACAGAGAGAUUCGGCUACCUCUACAAACAAGGGGGAGUGAAAGCCAACAGAGGGUGGAGGAGGAGAUGGGUGGUGUUCAAUGGCCGAGACCUGCGGUACUACGUGAAUAACAGGAGUCAGAUCUCCAGGAGAGUUAUCCCCCUUGCCUGUAUGAAGAAGGUUGACACUGAUGUCAAGGAUGGGGACAGAACUAGGUUUAAGUUCCGGUUAACAACAACGCUCAACGAUCGGGUCUUUCUGUUUGCUGCAGAAGGUUUGGAGGACUGUCUAAACUGGGCCCAAACCCUGAUGGCCGCUAUAUCCCUGCACGAGAGGAAUAACAACCACAUGGACAACAGUGACGAGCCCUGGAUGGAGGACCCGGACAAGGAGGGCUACAUCAAGUUUGAGAAUGGACCAGGUGGCAAGAAGUAUUAUGUGUCAAUACGAGGCAGUAUCCUGUGCUACUACAAUAAUAUAGAGGACUAUCGGAUGUUUUCACCGAUACACGAGAUCAAGAUGGAGCUAGCAUCUGUGAAGGACUUGUCCAAGUGUCGUCUGCAACUUUCUACACACUAUGCAUGCUUUGUGCUGGGGUUUGAAAGUGCAGUGGAGGCCCAGGUGUGGAAGAUGGCUAUUGAGGAUGCCAUAGCCCAGGGGCUGGCUGAUGACAGUGUUCUCUUGAAGGUGUAUGAGAACGACAGCAACAGGAUCUGCGCGGACUGUGAGGAUGACAAUCCCCAUUGGGCGUCCAUCAAUUUGGGAGUUGUUGUGUGCAAGAAAUGUGCAGGAAUACAUCGGAUGUUUGAAGCCAAUGUUUCCAAGAUCCGGUCGCUCCGUAUGGACACACGAGUGUGGACACCAAGUCUGAUUGAGCUUAUGAAGGCUAUUGGUAAUGACAACUCCAAUGUGUUCUGGGAGUUUGACCUGUCGCCGGAAGAAAAGAUUGUCCCUGAGUCCUCCAUGGAUGAAAGGAAACAAUUCAUCACCACUAAGUACAAGGACAAGGCGCACUGCCGCCGACACCAGUCCAGUGCCGACACCCGGCUGCUCAAUGAGGAGCUGCUCAGGGUAUCGGCAACGGAUGAACUCAUGAACUUGGUGAAGAUUGUCUUCUCUGGUGCAGAUAUUCACUAUCGCAAAGUUGGAGGGGAAGCACAAACAGCAUACCAAAUUGCAAAAUCAUCAGGGCAGAGGCUGUUAAUGGAGUUCCUGUUUCAAAAUGGAGGUGAUGCCUCAUCAACAGACAUGGGUGAAAACAAUGAGGGGCGACUGAGGGAGGAUGUCAGACACCAGGGAUACCUGUUUAAGACGGGGCCCAGUCACAAGAGUUUCGACAAGCGCUGGUGUGUGUUGGAGCAUGGUUCUCUCACCUACUACCUGACGGACAAGUGUGUACCCACAGCACAGAGCCAUAGUACAACAGCCAAGGACAGCAUUGACCGUCAGAGCAUACACUGUAUACAGGAAACAAGUGUUGAGAAGCAACAAUAUGCAUUUGAUAUCAGCACAAACAAGGCCAGUAACCGGAUGUAUCUGUUCGCUGCUGAGAACGCGGGGGAGAGGAACAUGUGGAUGCAGUCCCUAUCUAAGUUAAUCUGCCCAGUCAGCAUAAUGGAACACGUUGGAAUGAUGGAGUUCUCCCUUGGAGGAAACUACUACGUCAAAGACAAUAUUUCCGAGGACUGGCGGAAGUCAUGGCUGAUGCUGAGCUGGAGGCUUCUGUAUUACAUGGACCAGAAUCAGAAACUGGAGACAGUGGAUUUGAGAAAAGCAAGCAGUAUUAAGUACCAGGAGAUUCAGAGAGGCUGUAGAGCGUGUACUGAAACUGGUCAACAUUUUGUGAUAAAUGCCCCAAACAGGGCCCUGUACAUCCAAGCGGAUCUAGUGCGGGACACGGAGAGAGUGUAUGCAGUCUGUGAGCAGGCAAUCAAGGAAAGCGGCAGGACACUCCAGGAUCAGCAGUUGACGUCAGACAAUGUCCCUGUCAUCGUCAACAGGUGUAUUGAUUUCAUCACUAUGUCAGGUCUGAAGUCCACGGGUAUCUACAGGGAAAGUGCAACAAACUCUCGCAUACAGCUACUACUGGACGAGCUGAAGAAAGAUGCGAGGGGCGUGAAGAUGGAAGACUUCACCUGCAAUGAAGUGGCAAAUGCACUGAAGCGCUUCUUCCGAGGUCUGGAUGACUCACUCUUCACCAGUGACAAUUACAGAGAUUGGAUAAAUAUUGCAGAGACUGUUAGCGACCACUCUCACAAGCUAGGCUGGUACCACUUUCACCUGGAGAAACUGCCCAUGAUCAACUACAACACUCUCAAGAAACUUGUGAUGCAUCUACACAGGGUGUCUCAGUUCAGCAGUGAGAACCGUAUGUCACAAGAGAACCUGGCGACAUGCUUCGCCCCGUCGCUGAUGAGGACUGACAAUAUGGAGUGUGUCACUGGCAUGGGGAGUGCCCUGGCGUUAGAAAUGGGUGUGUUGACAGACAUCAUCAAGAAUCAUGAGUACCUUCUGAAGGUCCAAGAACAAGAACGGCAGAAAGAUGACAGAAUGGCAAUGGCAGAAAAUGAAAUAAGAGAGAAGCUGAAGAAACAGAGGAUGUCUGCUGUGAUAGACAGUAUCAUCGUUUCAGUCUACGUCCACAAUACUGAGGAGAUAUUCAAAGUAUCCAGCUGUGAUGACGUCCAAUCCCUGAUGGCGGCUGUGAAGAGCAAGAAGAAUAUGAAUGGCCAGUUCAUGAUGAGCGAGAUGAUCCUGGAGGGCUCACUAGAGCGCCCCCUACCUCUGUCGGAACUUGUACUUCCUGUUGUGACAACAUGGGGAACCCUGGAAGAAGACAUCCGCACAAACGCCAAAAUCUGCAUGAAAAACUUGGAGACGCUGCAGAAACUACAGUCAGCGCUGGAUCCAUCUAGAGCCUUGAUUGGAGAGGUCAGGUUCAGUGAAAAAAAAAAGUUCUCCAAGUUUUUCUUUCAGUUAAAACAGGGGAAACUGGUGUGUUUCAAAGAUUCAAAGGGUACACAUCAGCUGCACUCCUGGAAUGUAGAAGAUAUGGUUAUCUACCUGGGAAUCGACAGCCGCAGGUCCGGAGGAAAGUCCUCACAUGGGUUGACAUUCAUUGUGAAGGGGGAAAAGUGUGUCCGGGGCUACUUCGGACGGAGUCUGUGUUUCACGUCCGAGAUUGAAAUGUUGAAGUGGGCAUCUGUAUUGCUUGUUGCCAAGCAUCCUGAAGGCAUUCUGGCAUCAUUCUCCUGAAGCUCAUCCCGGUACUUCCAUCUGGGAACCUUGCCAGUGAAUCAUUGGACACUGUGAAGAGUUGUGAGCCUGCUUCACACUGGACUACAAAGCCAGUGGUCAGCCUACAGCUGCUGGAGACCCUGCAGGACUUGCCCAAUGCUCCUCCAGCCCGUGUAGACGUGUAGUGUGUCUAUAUAGUGGAACCCUGUCCAGUUGUAGUAACUAGAGGCCACAGUUAUGUGGUUAAUGCAUUUCAAAUUGAUUUGACUAUGUAUGAGUCACAUGCAUAUGGAAAGAACUGGCCUUGUUUCAGAAAUAUGUGAUGCAUAUUAAUAAGAAAGAGGGUCAUGUGUUUUACUGGUAUGAUGAGGCCCCUGACAAUCUGCAGCACAACCAAUAGUCUUUCCGUUCAUUCAUGAAAUUAACUGGCCAUGCUUAAGUAAUAUGUACAAGGAAUGCAUAUUAAUAAUACAAAGCGGAUCAUGUGUUGCGGUAUGACUCCUGAAGCACAGAACCAAAAGUCAUUCCAUUCAUUCAUUCAUUCAUUCAUGGAAAUCAUCACAACACAACAAAGUGACUUUGCUCAUCUUGCUGUGUGCCAAGGCAUCCUCUACACUGAUCCAAGCUGCAACUCCUCGGUGCAUCCUGAUGAUGACAUGUUAAUUGUACAUAAGAAGUGACCAUCGGUUGAUCCUGUGGUUAAAUAACAAUGACAGUCACGGACCUGUCAAAGACUAAGGAAGAAUUGAAAUACAAUCAACCUCCCAAAGUGGUUGAAUUUUAGCUGUUAUUUUGGUGGUUCUUGUCAGUUCUUCAAGGCAAUAACAUGAAUUGAGUAGAGCCAGCCAAUCAGAUGGAUUGAGAAGAGCCAGCCAAUCAGAUGGACAUAGAAGAGCCAGCCAUUUAGAUGGAUAUAGAAGAGCCAGCCAAUCAGAUGGAUUGAGAAGAGCCAGCCAAUCAGAUGGAUAUAGAAGAGCCAGCCAAUCAGAUGGAUAUAGAAGAGCCAGCCAACCAGAUAGAUUGAGAAGAACCAGGCAAUCAGAUGCUUUGAGAGGAGCUAUCUUAUUGGAUGUAUUUAAGAGACAGCUGAUAAUUAAAACACUAAAAAUAGGCAGCCACUCCAAAACAUUGAAAAGAACAACCAAUCAGAUACAAUGAAACAACCAGCAAAUCAGAUCCUUGGUAAAGAUCCAGCCAAGUAGAUUAUGUAGAUUAACUAAUCAGAUGCCUUGGUUGCAAGUGACCGAGGAGGAGUGGACAGGCUACAAAAUACAAUGUCUGAUAUACAACAUCAGGGCCAGCGCAAAACAUGUGGACAGGAUAGUGAAACGCAGGUUUCAUAUGUGUGUAAAUAUCUCCUGACUUUGACCUCCUUGUAUACGAGUUACAAGCUUGUUACAAAGUUGGCCACUGAUGCAGGACUUGUAGCUAACAGUGUUGUAGUGACUUGUAGAAUGUAAAUCGUAUUGUUCACAAAGAAAAUUUGAGUUGUUGCUUUUUGUUUUUGGAGAUUCUGAUAGAAAUAUAUACUCAUCAGUUGUUGGGUGCUUGUGUCCGUGAGAGUGUGAAUGUGGAAGGAGAAUCCUUAAACAAUUGUUGCAGUUUCCGUGUGAAUUUUCUCCCCUUUCAACUAGUUUCAACUGUACAGGUUGGGUGACCUGGCAGAUUGAUUACAAUAUAUAUAUUAAAGCACACAAAGACAAAUAAGGUCAAAGGUUUUAUACCAUUCUACCAAAAUCUAAACUUCAACAAACUUAAAUACAAGAUGACAAUGAUGAUAAAUUGAGGAUGGAUGUGCAGAGGUCAAAGGUUGGUGUUGACUUCCAAAUACAUGAUUUAACCAAAGUUCAAGAGUUUUCAAAGUAGAUAUUUUGGUGACAGGAAUAUUUUCUAUGGAUGUUUUUAAAAAUUGAAAUAAAGAUAUAGCUAUUUGUGUAUCAACCUCAAUCUUGUGUUUGCAAUAUGAAUAAAUCAGUAGGUAAUUCACUUGGAUCUUAACUUGAUACCAACACUGUUGCCCUAGUUCUUGUGUAUGCCCUAUCAUAUGGUUCCGGAAUAGAAGCAGCAAAAAAAUUAUUGGUGUAUUUUGACAAGACUAUGUUACCUCAUGUUGUUAACACAUUCCUGACCUAAUAAUGACACAGUGGAAUAUCAACCAUGUCAUACCUGCAACGCACAAAACAUACACACACAAAAUACACACAACACUCACACAACAAACAAAACACACACAACACACAAAACACAUACACAUACACACAACAUUUACACAACACUCACACAACACAACACUCACUCAACACACAUUUACACACAAAACACAAUAUUUACACACAACACACAUACAACAUACGAUGUGUGUAACUUCAUGUUGAAAAUUUGGUAGCGGGAUGUCAGUGAUCUCAAAUUAUUUGUUUAACUUCACUUCCUUGCAAACCUUUGGCAGUAUCAAACAGCCUGUCAACACUAACUGUUCUCAUGAAGAUGCCAAGUGUUUCCACUCUAAUUAUCAUGUAAAGCUUACCCAUAUUUCCAACCCUCUGCAGUUCUAUCUUACUGGGACAUUUAUUCUCAACUUAUAUUUUUUUGUGAAAGUUCCAGUGAGGGACCGACAGACAAUAUUUGUUUCUGUUCCUCAAAAUAUUGCCACCUGCACCUCAUGCUGUUCAAGCCAUGUUCAUCAAGUUUAGAGUAUUGUAUAUUUUGGAUUAAACAUGUAUGUUUUCAUUCAGCGAAAUAUGUUGAAAUUUCAAAUUUCUUUCUGUUAAAUUUCUAUUUUUUCUCUCAAUUAAUCUCCUUAAUUCAAACUUGAUGAUGUCAAUACUUAACUAAACAAGGUUGAAAAUGCUUUAACGGAUGGCAUUUAGUUUUGCUGUAUUAAGAGAAAUUAACUUUUUAACAGCAGAUUUAGAAUACAUUUUAAUAAAUGUGAUAUUUUCUAUAUUGUUCAUCUGUAACUUGUCUCGUCAGAAACUGUUAGGUCGAUACGAGUGUUAUACAUACUUGCUAUAAACAUUCUUAAGUAUGGUGCAGGCUUGCUUGUCAUUUGUUUUGUAUCAUUGCUUUGGUUUGUUUAUCUGUAUAUAAGUAUUUGUAAUUAUUCAUUUCAUGUUUUCUAUGUUCAAAUUCUGUGUGUUUAAAAUAUGCCAUGGAUGUACUUAAAGGAAAACUUCUUGUUUAUAGUUUUGAAAGGAGAAUUUUCAGAAAAUUGUAUUUUGAUUCAUUUUUUACAUUUUUGUAACAGAUCAAAUUUGGCAUUUUAUUCCAUUAUCCCAAAAAUUGACAAUGCUUGACAUUGCCUUCACUUCACCAUAACAGGCACAAUGCAUGCAUUCCUUGGUGAUAACACUCAACUGACCCCUACGACACAUCAGAGUGAGAAGAGCAUCAUGUAGCUGUAAUAUGAUUCAAACUUUGCAAGCUGUAUUUAUAAGAUUUAUGUUGAUACUUUCCCAAAUUGUAACCUGGCUUAAACACAACGUUUGAGCAGUUUCUCUACACUGGUCAUAAUAAAAAACAAAAGCCUUUGUUUUGUGUAACAUAAUGACUUAACAUAGUGUUUGGCUGUAGAAAAUACUUUUUAUCGCUGUGUGUAAGGCAAGUUUUUUGUACCUAGAAUUAGGGGGCUUUCAAAAGGCUUUUGAAGAGUUUUGAUGUUUUUUCCCGCCAACUCAAAGACAUCACUGUGAGCACGUAACACCAGAAAUACCACAUAUUUUUUUCUGUGGAAGACAAACAUGUUGUUUUGCAUAUGAGCUGGUGACAUGCUUCAUUCCGAUUCGCUUUAUCGAUGAAUAUAUAUAAAGUAGCAUGGAUUUUGAAGGCUUGUACAGUGGGGUUGCCUUGUACCUGGGGUCCCUUUAUUGACAGCUGUAUACGGUAUAUGUGCCCCAUUUAGUCACGUUUUUCUGUCCAUCCUAAAAACUCCGACCUACCUACAGAUACCUGUAACAGAGAUAGUUUUGAUGAUGUGUUAUGGUAGCAAUAGAAAAUAAUGCAUUUUGUUUUUGUUUCAUUGUACUGAAACAGUUUUGGAAACACGUUAAAUGUUGACUCUUUAUUGGUUGAUGUCAGUGAUUGCUUGUAGUGCUUCAUGAUGCAGGAGGGUACAUUGCCACGUUAACGGUACAUAUAGAUGUGUGUGUGUGUGCAUUGUAUCAGCAGGAUCAUUCUUUGUGCAAUACUCAUUGUAAUAAUUUCCCAUGUUUUAAUUCCAUGUAGUGUCAGUGUUAUCAUCAUAUUGUUAUCACAUUGACCAGCUGGUGCCUUCUAUCAGGGAUUUAUCUAGGCCUUCUCAGAGCCCAAUAUUUGCCAUCAAAUCUGCAGCAAAUAUCAGUAUUAAUUCCCAAUUUGAAAUUAAAAAGUUCCCAAUUCAUGCUAUUAUGGAUCUGACUAGUGUUUAAGUUUUGUAGUGCCGACUUGUACUUCACUUGUAAUGAGUCAGUACAGAGAAAAAGAUUUUAAAGGUUAGUUUUACAUUAAUGCAUUGGACGCAGUGUUAAAGAAAGAUGUUGAAAAUACCUCUGAAUUUGGGAAGAAAAUAUAACUUUGAAACAAAAUCCAAUGGGCACUUAGUUUGGAUUCUAAGAUAAAUCCCAGCUUCUGAUUGCCUGCUUGUUACCUUCAGAGUGAAUGAGUGAGUGAGUGAGUUUAAUGCCACUUGAACUUCGAUAGAUCACGGCAGCAUAAUGUGGAGGAAAGUGAUGCAGGUCACAGACUUUUACCAUUUGGAUCAUACCUAAGAGCAUGGUUAUGGUGCAGACAAACCAUAGAUGCUAAAGGGCAGACCCUGGGUUUUGAACUCAUGAAACAGAAUCCACAGUGCCUUGACAACCUAGCCCUCAGACAUUUACUAGCUCCUUCAACUGGCUUUUAAAAUGGCUUUUAACUAUGGUAGAUAAACAGGUUGUAGAACAAAUAUGAAAUUGACAGGAAGUUAGCAGUGAAUAUGAUGAUUGUAAAUAGUACACACUAUCUUAAUUGAUGAUUUGUCUUUUAUGGGAGUACUGGGAUUUAUUCAUUGUUGAUCAGUGUAUUUUAAGAAAUUUGUUUUAACUUGGAAGUAUUUUAUCAAUAAUCUCUUGUGCAUUAUGAAUGAUAUAGUUGUGAUAAAAGUUAUUUUUUUCAUAUGCCAAGUCUUGAAUUUAUUUGAAUUAUGUCAGUUGUUGAGUGUGUUUUACAGGUGCCUUCAAUCACAGGAAUUGGAAAUUCUUAUUUUGAUGAUGAAGUAAUUUUAUUUUAGAAGAAAACAUUGGGAGGUUUUUUUUAUACUAAAUAAUACGUAAAAAUCAUCAAAAUCACAUCUUCUGAUUCCUGUGCUUUAACUGAGAGCAGCAAAUUCAGGGACAUGUUCAGUUGUGAAACAGUGAAUGUAUUGACAGUUUCUAUGCAUUGUAAUGGAGAAAACAAGAUAUAUUGAAAUACAUUAUCGAAAUGUGAUCAACAAUUUUGAUGAUUUUUAUGAAUAAUAACUCAUAAUGCAACUUUUAGGGACCAACCUUCUUGUGCUGUUUCUGCAUGCAGAGGAUAAUGGUCCAACAUAUUCUAUUGGAGUGAUCUUUUGAAAGUAUAUUAGGCAAAUAUGGUAACGUACAACUUUAUGGAUUCAACUUCUGGUUUAGUGCAUAACAACAUUUCGAAAUGUUAUCAAGCUGGAUUAAGGUGUGAGAUAAAGGUGUUAGAAUCUACAUCAAAACAUCGCUAUAUGCACUGAACCCAAAGUUGUAAUCCAUGAGGAGGUAUGUUUCACAUACCAGUAUCAUGUGACAGUGUUAUGAAGUGUAGUUGUCAUAAUUUCCCAUGUUUUAUUGUUGUUUUAUUAUCACUGAAAUUUUGUUGGGCCUUCUAUUUUUCAUUACUUAGUUUUUAAACAUCAGGAAGUAGAAAAAUUUAAAUUCUACUAUAAAGCUUUUUUAAAAUUCCAAGCCUGAUAAUCUCGCUUAUGAAAUAAACAAAUGACAAAUUGACUCUCUGAAGGAGACAAUUGGUGUUUGCUGAAUGUUCCUUUGUAAACGCCAAUACUAAAAUAUCUAACAUUAUGUCAUAUCUUACAAAAUACCAAAAGGGAAAAAGGUAAUUUGAAUUAUUUUCUCUCAUGCAGCCAGCCAUAUAUUCUAACAGAAACUGAAGCAAAAUAAUUGGAGAAGUGGCACCUGUAAGAGGCAUUUCAGAAGAUGUAAUUUCAAUGGACACAGUACCAGUAGUACGAAUAAAGCCCAUGAUAACUCUUGUCUUUGUGUAGAAUUGAAGAGUCUUUCUAUUUUUUAUUCAAACACUGUCAAAAGUUUUUGAAAAAUGAAAUCUGUAAACCAACUUAUAAGAAAGAAGGGACAAAGCAAGUGAUACGAAACAGCCUUAUGUGACCAGUUCCCUUUGUGGAUUCAUUGCUGUAUUCAAUGAGCUAUAACUUACUGUCUACAUUGUAAGUAACAUUCCUUCUGUGUGUCUACAAAGUGCAAGAUUUAACUACCGACACACCUCAGUGGCUUUUGCCAAUGCUGGAUGUCAGUUUCACAAUUCUUCUGGUCUGUCUGUACAUAAUAUAUGACUUUAAAUUUUACAUGACAUAUAUUUUAGAUAUAUUUCAAAUUAUGACAAUAAAUGCUGUGUUUUAGAUAUA